AUGGAUACGAGGAAACUAACUGUAGAGACUGAUGAUUCUUUUUCCAGUUUACUUGAAUUUGCUGCUAAUAACGAUGUUGUUGGUUUCAAGAGAUCCAUUGAGUAUGAUUCUUCCGGAAUUGAUGAGGCUGGACUGUGGUACGUUCGCAAGAAGGGUUCAAAACAGAUUGUCCAUGAGGAAAGAACCCCGUUAAUGGUCGCUGCUACUUAUGGCAGUGUAGAUGUGUUGAAUUUGUUAGUUGCUCAGUGUGAGGUUGAUUUAAAUCGAUCUUGUGGGCCAGACAAGUGUACCGCACUUCAUUGUGCUGCAUCUGGUGGCUCUAUCAAUGCAUUGGAUGUUGUUAAGCUGCUUGUAUCAGCUGGUGCUGAUCCAAACAUUGAGAACUCGGACGGCGAGCGCCCAGUUGAUGUGAUUGUAUGUCAUCCAAAGCUUCUGAGUGCUAGAGCUGCUCUUCAGGAAUUGCUUAUGAACAUCUGUUCUGGUGGAUUAGUUGACGAUUGCAAUUUACAGGUAUCCGUAUCUACUUCAAAUGCAUCUUCACCCCUUCUGUCUUCUUCACCAGAUUGUAGGUCGACAUGCUCACCACCAUCAGACUCAGUAUCAUCGCCUAUGGCAUCAAAGUUCAAUGAUGUUCCUUCUAAUUUUUCAUCAGAGAAGAAAGAAUAUCCAGUUGAUCCAUCUCUUCCUGACAUCAAGAACAGCAUCUACUCAACUGAUGAGUUUCGUAUGUUCUCAUUCAAGGUCCGUCCUUGUUCAAGGGCCUACUCUCAUGAUUGGACUGAGUGUCCUUUUGUCCAUCCUGGAGAGAAUGCUCGCAGAAGAGAUCCAAGAAAGUACCAUUACAGCUGUGUUCCUUGUCCUGAAUUUCGCAAGGGUGUUUGUAGGCGAGGUGACAUGUGCGAGUAUGCGCAUGGCGUGUUUGAGUGCUGGCUACACCCUGCUCAGUACCGAACAAGGCUAUGCAAGGAUGGCACGAGCUGUGAAAGACGAGUGUGUUUCUUUGCUCACACACCGGAGGAGCUUCGCCCCUUGUACAUCUCCACUGGGUCUACUGUUCCUUCUCCGAGGUCAGCUGCAUCAGCUGCAAGUGUCAUGGAUAUGGCCGCUGCUCUUAGCCUUUUCCCUGGCUCACCCUCAUCACACACUGUAAUUUCUCCUGCAUUUAAUCAGCCCAUGUCCCCCACAGCAAAUGGAAUGUCUCACUCAGCUGGAGCUUGGCCCCAACCAAAUGUUCCAACCCUUCAUCUGCCUGGAAGUAAUCUCCAAUCAAGUCGGCUGAGAUCUUCCCUUAGUGCCCGGGAUAUUCCACCUGAGGAUUUGGACAUGUUGCAGGAUUUUGAUGCUCAACAACUCGUUAUGAAUGACUUGGCCUCUUUUGCACAAUCACGUUCUAAUUCUGCUUCUUUGAAUCGUUCUGGACGGUCUAUGGCUUUAACUCCUUCCAAUCUUGACGAGCUCUUUUCAGCUGAGGUCUCCUUGUCUCCUAGUUACUCUGAUCAGGCAGUGUCUUCUGGGAUUCUCUCUCCAAGGCACAAAUCAGCUGUUCUUAAUCCAUUUCAGCAGCAGAGCAUGCUUUCGUCAAUGAAUGGUAAUGUUUUUUCUCCUAAAAAUGGUGAACACCCCUUAUUUCAGGGCUCCUUUGGUAUAUCAUCUCCAAGAAUGUCACCACGAAAUGUGGAGCCCAUUUCCCCAAGGAAUACUCGCUUUUCUGCCUUUGCUCAGCACGAGAUGCAGCAGCUGCAGCAUCUACGCAGCGUCAGCUCCCGGGAGCUUGGAUCCAACUUUGCCUCUAUCGUAGGGUCUCCUGUGAACACUGGCUCUAAAUGGGGAUCAUCACCUCAUGGAAAAGUUGAUUGGUCUGUCAAUAGUGAUGAUCUGGGUUGUUUACAAAGAUCAUCUACGUAUGAAGUAAAUAAUAACAAUGGAGGGGAGCCUGACCUCUCUUGGGUGCACUCUCUUGUCAAAGAAUCUCCACCUGAGAUGAUGGUGAAACAUGCUGCACCUAUUUCCGGUAACGCGCCAUCUGGUGAGGGUUUAAAAUCCAAUUCUCAAAUCGAUUCAGUUGAUCAUUCACUUUUAGGGUCUUUGCUCGAGCAGAUGCAACUUGAUCAGCUUGUAGCCUAG